AUGCCUGGAGUUAGGAGCUCAGAACUGAACCCCUUCUUGCUUCAUCCCAUUCGUCUCGACCCUCUCCCCUUCUCUCUCUUCUCAUCGCUCUCCCCUUCUCUCUCUUCUCAUCGCUCUCCCCUUCCCUCUCUUCUCAUCGCUCUCCCCUUCUCUCUCUUCUCAUCGCUCUCCCCUUCUCUCUCUUCUCAUCGCUCUCCCCUUCCCUCUCUUCUCAUCGCUCUCCCCUUCCCUCUCUUCUCAUCGCUCUCCCCUUCCCUCUCUUCUCAUCGCUCUCCCCUUCCCUCUCUUCUCAUCGCUCUCCCCUUCUCUCUCUUCUCAUCGCUCUCCCCUUCCCUCUCUUCUCAUCGCUCUCCCCUUCUCUCUCUUCUCAUCGCUCUCCCCUUCUCUCUCUUCUCAUCGCUCUCCCCUUCUCUCUCUUCUCAUCGCUCUCCCCUUCCCUCUCUUCUCAUCGCUCUCCCCUUCCCUCUCUUCUCAUCGCUCUCCCCUUCCCUCUCUUCUCAUCGCUCUCCCCUUCUCUCUCUUCUCAUCGCUCUCCCCUUCCCUCUCUUCUCAUCGCUCUCCCCUUCCCUCUCUUCUCAUCGCUCUCCCCUUCCCUCUCUUCUCAUCGCUCUCCCCUUCCCUCUCUUCUCAUCGCUCUCCCCUUCCCUCUCUUCUCAUCGCUCUCCCCUUCCCUCUCUUCUCAUCGCUCUCCCCUUCCCUCUCUUCUCAUCGCUCUCCCCUUCCCUCUCUUCUCAUCGCUCUCCCCUUCCCUCUCUUCUCAUCGCUCUCCCCUUCCCUCUCUUCUCAUCGCUCUCCCCUUCCCUCUCUUCUCAUCGCUCUCCCCUUCCCUCUCUUCUCAUCGCUCUCCCCUUCCCUCUCUUCUCAUUGCUCUCCCCUUCCCUCUCUUCUCAUCGCUCUCCCCUUCCCUCUCUUCUCAUCGCUCUCCCCUUCCCUCUCUUCUCAUCGCUCUCCCCUUCCCUCUCUUCUCAUCGCUCUCCCCUUCCCUCUCUUCUCAUCGCUCUCCCCUUCCCUCUCUUCUCAUCGCUCUCCCCUUCCCUCUCUUCUCAUCGCUCUCCCCUUCCCUCUCUUCUCAUCGCUCUCCCCUUCCCUCUCUUCUCAUCGCUCUUCCCAUCCCACCAGACCCAGGACAUGUACUACUACACCCAGGACAUGUACUACUAUGUGCUCAUGCCGGGUGCUCAGUGCACUCUUCACUCCAAUGAGCCUCACAAUCCGCCUCUCAAUCCGCAGCAAAAGGACGGCAGGGAGGACGCAGGCAGCAAGAGCAGUCCGUCUGGUCCUCGUGGCUGCGGGCACAUCUGUUACUUCCUGAUCCCUCAAUUCCUUUCUUCACCCUCCCCCUCCCUUUCGCUCUCUCAAUCCCUCACAGCUGCGGUCACAUCUGGAGGCAGUGGGGGAUUCAGUGCUGGCGCUCACGUGUGUGCUGCACCUCGUGCGCCAGCACCCGCCGCUGUCCAUUCCUCCACUCGCCCUUCAUAUCAUGCUCACCAUUCUCCCUCCCCGCAUUCCUUUCUCAGACCAUUCCACCUUGGCAUCUCCAUCUCUCUCAAACUCUCCACCCCUCUGCGCUCUCCUUUAAUGCAGCAGGCGAGGUCCCAGAGGGCAUGUCCCAUUCACAGGCCGCCACUAGUGAGCAACAGGAGUCUGGCGGGCAUAGGAGGGGGGGCUUUUGAGGCGCCUCAAAACUCUUCCCCCCCCCCACACUGCAACAGAAGUCUGGCGGGCAUAGGAGGGGGGGCUCUGGGCCUGCCAGGAGUCAUGCUGAGCUUCUCAGACGCGCUGCUCAUGCAGGGCAAACGCGCCGUGCCCAAGGGGGGGGAUACUGUGGAGUCCUCGUUAGUUGCCUGCACAAUGGAGGCACUUGUUGGUGCUGUUUACGCAGAGAAGGGCCUGGAAGCAGCGUCAGCCUUUGUGACCCGCCUGCUGCCCUCCAUUCAGCAGCAGCAGCAGCAGCAGCAGCAGCAGCAGCAGCAGAUUCAGCCAGACAGAGAGAGCAAUGUGAAAGUGGGCGAUGCAGCAGCAGUGAGGAGAGUGGACUCUCCAGCAGAACAGAGUGACCCGGUGGCUCGUCUGCAUGACAUGUCCCUCCAGCAACUGGGACUCACACCGCAGUACCGGUACGUGUGA